AUGAGUCUCCCCAAGUCGAGCGGCUCCGCCAACCGCAUCGGCGGCGGUGGUCUCUCGGCCUCGUUUCACGCUUCCUCGCCGCUCGCCGAAGCAGUCGCCCGCGACAUUGCCGAGUGCUCCGACGAUGACGACGACAAUAACCAGAACCUCGUCGAAGAGGGCGGCCACGACCACCACCACUACGGCAGCCUCGGCGGCAGCACCAUGUACCGCCGCCCUUCUGGCGUUGCGUACGGCGCAUCCCGUCCCAUCUUUGACCACCGCACACCCGACGAGCCCGCGACGACGCCUCUGGAGCGCAGGCAGUCCCGUCAAGCGGAGCGCAGCCUGCUCCGCGAUAACCACAUCCUGCCGCCCAAGCACCAGCACCGCGGCCGGGGUCUCGUUGCCCGCCUGUACCGCCGCCUGUUCAGCACAAAGGUGCCCGCCGGCGACGACUACGCCGCCAAUGGCGUCGACGGCGAGACGGCGCCCCUGCUGCACGGACAUCCCGGCGAUACCACGCCCACCGACAGCGACAGCGAGGACGUCGAGCAGCAAUGGGUCGAUGCUGUGGCCAGCGGCCGCAUCCGCACCACUUGGCAGCGCGAGACUAAGACGGUAGUCACCUACAGCAUCCCCCUCAUCACCACAUUUGCCCUCCAAUAUUCCAUCAAUGUCGCUAGUAUCUUCGCCGUUGGCCGAAUCGGCAAGAUAGAGCUCGGCGCAGUUUCUUUGGCCAACAUGUCCAAUGCCAUUACCUGUCUUGCUCCUUUCCAGGGCCUGGCAACCAGCCUCGACACCCUCUGCGCCCAAGCCUACGGAUCCGGCCACAAGCAUCUCGUGGGUCUACAAUGUCAGCGCAUGGCUCUUUUCCUGCUCUCCCUGUCCGGUCCUGUCAUUUUGAUCUGGUGCUUCUCGGAGCAGAUCCUCGUACACCUCGUUCCGGAAGCCGAGACGGCCCGCCUGGCCUCUAUAUAUCUCAAGGUCUGCAUCGCCAGCAUACCCGGCGUCAUCCUUUUCGAGUGCGGCAAACGAUUCACUCAGGCGCAGGGCCUCUUCCGCGCCACCACUUACGUCCUCCUCGUCGCCGCGCCCUUCAACAUCUUUGUCAACUGGCUGCUCGUCUGGAAACUCGAAUACGGCUUCAUCGGCGCCCCAAUCGCCGUCGCCAUCACCGAGAAUCUGCUUCCCAUCCUCCUCUUCCUUUACGUCCGCUUCGUCGACGGCCGUCAGUGCUGGGGCGGCUUCAGCCGCCGCGCCCUGUCCAACUGGGGCGUCAUGAUCAAGCUUGCCCUGCCCGGCAUGAUCAUGAUCGAGGCUGAAUGGCUCGCUUUUGAAUUCAUGACGCUCUUCGCCAGCCGCUUCGGCUCCGAGUACCUGGCCGCUCAGAGCGUGCUCGGCACCCUCACCACCAUCUCCUACCAAAUCCCCUUUCCCAUGUCUAUUGCUGCCUCGACUCGCGUCGCCAACCUCAUUGGCGCCGGCCUCGUCGACGCUGCCAGGAUCACCGCCAAGGUCACGUUUUUUCUAGCCGUCUCCAUCAGCGUCUUCAACUUUGUCAUCUUCGUCGUUUUUCGAUACCACCUUCCCCUCCUCUUCACAAACGACGAGGGCGUCAUCACCCUCGUCGCCCAGGUCAUGCCCGCCGUGGCCGUCAUGCAAGUCUUUGAUGGUCUGGGAUCCGGCGCCCACGGCCUGCUGCGCGGCAUCGGCAAGCAGGCCAUUGGCGGCCCCAUCAACCUCGUCGCCUACUACCUCGUCUCGCUGCCGCUGUCCGUCGGCCUGGCCUUUGGCCUCGGCAUGAAGCUCCAGGGUCUGUGGAUCGGCGUCACGGCCGGCCUCAUCAUUGUCUCCAUCAUCGAAUACAUUUACCUCUGGAAGACGGAUUGGAACAAGGCAGCCGACGAGGCCGCCCACAGAAAUGAAACUGGCUAA